AUGGCCGUACCUAUUGCGGUUCUUGACUGCGACCUCUUGCUGUAUGGCCGGGGACACAGGACUUUGGAUCGCUUCAAGCUGGAGGAUGUCACAGAUGAGUAUCUAGUCUCCACCUAUGGCUUUCCCCGACAGUUCAUUUACUACCUGGUCGAUCUCUUGGGAGCCAGUCUCUCUCGCCCUACGCAGCGGUCCAGGGCCAUCAGUCCAGAGACACAGAUACUUGCUGCAUUGGGUUUCUAUACUUCUGGCUCUUUCCAGACUCGUAUGGGGGAUGCUAUUGGCAUCAGUCAAGCCUCCAUGAGCCGCUGUGUUGCCAAUGUAACUGAGGCAUUGGUGGAAAGAGCCUCACAGUUCAUUCACUUUCCUGAGGAUGAAGCUGCUGUACAGAGCCUGAAGGAUGACUUUUAUGGUCUGGCAGGCAUGCCAGGAGUGCUGGGGGUGGUUGACUGCACCCAUGUGACAAUCAAAGCACCAAAUGCUGAGGACCUGUCCUAUGUCAACCGAAAGGGUCUCCAUUCUUUGAACUGCCUGAUGGUGUGUGAUGCCAGAGGAGUCCUCCUGAGUGCAGAAACACACUGGCCAGGUAGCCUGCCCGACUGCACAGUGUUACAGCAGGCAGCCCUUACAAACCAGUUUGAAACUGAGCUACAUAAAGAUGGCUGGCUACUAGGUGACAGCUCCUUCUUCCUCCGCACAUGGCUGAUGACUCCUCUGCACAUCCCCGAGACACCUGCUGAGUAUCGUUACAACAUGGCACACUCUGCCACCCACAACGUCAUCGAGCGGACGUUCAGAACCAUUCGGUCACGCUUCCGCUGCCUGGAUGGGUCCAAAGGCACCCUGCAGUAUUCUCCAGAGAAAUCCAGCCACAUCAUUCUGGCCUGCUGCGUGCUCCAUAACAUCUCCCUGGAACACGGGCUGGAUGUGUGGUCCUCACCGGCUGCGGGACACAUGGAACAGCCAGAAGAAGAGUAUGAGCAAAUGGAGUCAAUGGACUCAGAAGCCUGCCGUAUUCGUCAGGAACUCUUACUCACUCAUUUUAGCUAACGUGGUGGCAGAAACAAAGCUUCUAGCGGUUCAUCUGGAAAGAUAUACAGGGCAAAUAUGCCCCUUCCUCUUCUUUGUGUCUAUAAAGACUAAGCAGAUGCUCACAAGGAGAAAUUUUACUCUUCAUUUCAGGCGAUAUUCUGAAGUUCUCUCAGUCUCUGGAGAGUUGCGGUUUAGUGCUAAACUUUUACUGUUGUGUUGCUCAGAGAUUCCCCUUUCACUUGUCUGAGAAAAUAAUGAUGAAUGUGUGAUCAGUGGAAAAACUUGGGAAAUUGUCUUUGAUAAUGAUGAAAAAUCUGUAAGCCCUGCACCCUUUCACAAAGCAACAGAUCUAUGCUGCUUUGUAACUCAGAACCCUUAUGAUUGAUUUUUAAAUAGUAUUUUCCACAGAUUAAAAUUCCAUGUGGGCUCAUGUCUACCAUGAAUUGGUGAGCAGCCAUGCAAACGUUUAUAGUUUU